UGUUUCUUCACGUAAGCCCUGUCGAAGUCUUAACGACCAACAUGACGAACAACCAGGUACUGGCGUCGCUUCUGGAGGGUUUUGGCAUCCGACUCAACAAAUAUCCGUCGAGAAAGGUAAUCACGGCAAACGGUUGUCUAAUUAGUGAUGCAGACAACACUGCCGGUAAAGGAGUGGUUCACGUCGUCGACCAGGUCCUGUACCCGUUUCCUGCUGGAACGAUCAUCAGUGAAAUGCCGUACAUGAACCAGCUCUCUGUGUUGAGAGAUCUUAUCGUGAAGACUGAUCUUGGACAAUUACUGAAUGAUGACGGCGCUUUCAGCCUCUUUGCUCCAACUGACGCCGCCUUUGAGAAGCUUCCUAACGCCACCUUACAUCAUAUUCUAAACAACCAAAUGGUAUUGACACGUGUUUUAAACUACCAUGUUGUUGACGGCGUUUAUUAUGAAGCUGGCCUUUCCGAUAGAGAAGAGCUUACGACUUUGCAGACCGAGAAACUUGUCUGUCACGUCAAUCGAACAGUGGGGGCAGACACGCAGGUAGCAGUGAACAACGGUAAGAUUACUGGACUUGCGUUUCCAACCAUAAAUGGCGUGAUACAUAUUAUUGACAAUGUCCUUAUACCUCCGAAAUAGUUCUGACAGGAAAGCCGAUUGUGUUCAGCCAAAAACAAGCAUAGAAGGACUUGUAACUCAAGCAAUAUUAACUUUAUCAUAUUACUGGAUGGUAAGACCUAGAAGCUAUAAAGAAACAUUGUAUUGAUAUAGUUUGUUUUUUUCAACCAAUCGUGCAAGGA